AUGUCUUCAGGCAGGACAGUCCGGAUCAUCCUGCUGCCUGUCCUCGCUGUGGCAGCCCUCGGUCAGGUGCUCAAGACCAACCAUCCUCCUCCCUUCAGUUUCAAGAGCGGCGUCGUUCGACUCAUCGUGAAGUCGUUCACAGACGAGCUGAUCCGAGACCUGAGCUCGAGCUCGCUGCUGCAGCUGACCGAUCCCCAGGCGCAGUUCCUGAGGCAGCGCCUGGACAAGCUGUACGAGCACGUCCGCCGUCACCCCGCGCUGCACCAGCGGUACCUCUGGGUCGGCAAGGACAGGCCCAACGUCAGCCCCGAUGAGACACCCGCCGCCCGCCGCCAGCAGGCGAAGAGAAGCAAAGCGCCCGAAGUGUCCGGACCCGCUCCACGCGGCGUGAAGAGGAACCCACCCGACAUCGCCCUGGCUCCCCUGUCCGAGGAGAUUUGCCGGACCAGCACGGCCUGGGAGCGGAUGAACAAGACGGUCGACUCGUUCGGCAACGCCGUCGAAGUGGUACAGGACGAGGCCUUCCCCCAGUGGGUCUUCGCCUACCGUUGCGCCACUCAGGGAACGACCUGCGUGGGCAUCGACGCCCUGUGA